AUGAUACACACUCAGAAAGGGACGGCGAAUCCUGGACUUGGAGGGAUAUAUGCAGCCCCGUGUACGCCGUUCAAUAAAAAGAGAGAUGUUGAUUUUGACAAAAUCAGCUGCUCCGUUGACUAUUUGAAGAAAUCCCGCUUCAAUGGAUUGUUUGUGAACGGAACGUUGGGAGAGGGCCUCAGUCUGUCGCUGGAGGAGCGGAAACAGAGUCUCGAGGAGUGGAUGCGUCACGCGGAAGGACUUCAGCUCGUAGCCCACAUUGGGACCGGAAACCUGAAGGAGACACAGGAGCUGGCCCGGCACGCCGAACGUAUAGGAGUGGACGCCAUAGCCGCCCUCCCGCCUACCUACUACAAACCCGCAAAUGAAGAACAGCUGGUGGAGUACGUGAUCGAGGUCACCAACGCCGCCCCGAACACACCGUUCCUUUACUACGAAUAUGACGUCACCACCGGAUUACACCAUGUACCUUCCGGCGCUCUCCCUGGGACUCGAUGACGUCAUUUCCGUGCCCGUAAUGGGAACCCUCUUACACUUGAUGAAGACGAACUUUUUGAAUGGCAACACCAAGGAGGCCCAAAAAUGUCAGGAGACAGCCCUUCGACUGCGGAACAUUCAACAGGAGCACGG